CCCAGGGUUCUUCAUUCGAAUUCAUUUCAUCUCAUUUAUAAAAUUUUAGCACAAUAUCAAUUUUAGGUUUGUUGCUAAAUUAGUUUACAGAUCCCUGAUUUUUGUUAUUGUGCUUCAUAUCCUACGAAAAAUGUUCAUGUAAUUAUACGUGGUGAUUGCAAAACAAAAUCAUUGAGCAUGUCAUUUGCUAGGCUGUAUGCAAGAUCCUCUCAGUUAUCUUCCCUUUGCAAAACCCUAAACCGCACCCCUGUCAACUCGAGGUCUCUACUCGAAGCUGGACAGAGAAGAUAUAGUUUUGUGGGAGCUAGUAGUUCAAAACAUAACCAAUUCUCCUCUGAAUUUCGAAAUUUCACCUCUAGAUCUGCACAUAAUACGAACUCUUUCAACAAAAGUUCCCAUUUGGGAAAUGGAUACUUCAAGACACCUUUGGGUUCUCAUCGUCAGUAUGUUACAAAUGUCAUUAGAGAACAGAAAUCAAGAAAGAUGCUUUAUUACUUAACAGGUUUAGUAUUUGCAAUGGUGGGCUGUACUUAUGCUGCUGUUCCUCUAUAUAGAAGGUUUUGUCAAGCCACCGGCUAUGGAGGUACUGUUCAAAGGCGUGAGACAGUAGAGGAAAAAAUUGCAAGACAUUCCCAAGAUGGAACAGUUACAAAUAGGGAAAUUGUGGUGCACUUCAAUGCUGACGUGUCAGAUGGAAUGCCAUGGAAAUUCAUCCCUACUCAAAGAGAGGUAAGGGUAAAGCCAGGUGAAAGUGCUCUUGCUUUUUACACUGCUGAAAACCGUAGUUCAACUCCUAUAACUGGCAUGUCUACAUAUAAUGUUACACCAAUGAAGGCUGCUGUUUAUUUCAACAAAAUACAAUGCUUUUGCUUUGAGGAACAACGGCUUCUUCCGGGAGAGCAGAUUGAUAUGCCUGUGUUCUUUUACAUAGACCCAGAGUUUGAAACGGAUCCUAGGAUGGAUGUCAUGCAAACACUUUGUAUCUUGAUGUUUAUGGAUGCCAAAGUCAUUGAGAAUAAGUAUGACCAAUUGAUCUAUUUAUGUAUCUUAUGCAUUAAUGAGUUGUACCUUUUGCAUCUAAAGGGUACAAAUUUACUCCAUUAUGCACAUUUAGAGUUAUGAAUUGGUUAUGAUUGUAUUUAUAUGAUUAUGCAAUCAUAUGGU